UUGACCGAGACAUCGAUGACUGCUGGAGCGACCCGUGCCAACACGGGGGUACCUGUGUGGAUGAGAUCAACUCUUACACCUGUCGGUGUCCGCCAAACUACAACGGCACACAGUGCGAGGCUACUCUGGCGUGACGUGUCAGAGCGCGCUCAACAUGUGCCGCACCAAGCCCUGCGUCAACGGACUGUGCGUGAGUCGUAUCAGCGGCUACUUCUGUGACUGUGCGGGCACAGGUCACACUGGCGUGAACUGCUCUGAGGACAUCGACGAAUGCGACAACGCUAACCCGUGCGGAGGCUUCCCGUGCUUCAACAAACCUGGCAACUUCUCCUGCGAGUGUCAGCGCGGCUACGAUGGCAUUCCUUGCCAGGAAAUCAACGAGUGCCUGUCCUAUCCGUGCCUCAACGAGGGGACGUGCACCGACGGCCAGGACAGCUUCAGCUGCGCGUGUGUACCUGGCUACACGGGCCCCACCUGUGCCGACAACGUGGACGACUGUGUCGGGCAACCGUGUGACGUACAGAUUUCCGAGUGUCAUGACCUGCUGAACAACUACUUGUGUGUCUGCAAGUCUGGCUUCACAGGCACGUACCCGAACUGCCAGAACAUCAACGAGUGUGACCUUCACAUCUGCCAAAACGGAGGCGCGUGCCAGGACCUUCAGGGUGACUAUAACUGUACCUGCCUGCCGGGCUACACUGGGAAAAACUGUUCUGUCAACAUCGACGACUGCGACCCGGAUCCCUGCCAGCAUAAUGCACUAUGCACAGACCUCGUCGCUGACUACAACUGCACGUGUCUGCCGGGCUACAGCGGAAAAGACUGCGGCACCGACAUCAACGAAUGUGAAGGUCACCAGUGCCAGAAUCAGGCCAACUGCACGGACGGGGUCGCGGAGUACACCUGUGAUUGUGUGCCAGGUUGGACGGGCGUGCUCUGUGAGGCAGACGUGAACGAGUGCGACCCUGACCCCUGCGAAAACGGAGCCACCUGCCUCAACCUGCGGAAUGCCUUCAACUGUACCUGCCGCCUAGGGUUCAGAGGUCCAACAUGUGGAGAGAACAUUGACGACUGUGACCCUGACCCUUGCCUCAACGGGGCGCUGUGUGUGGACGGCGAGGCAGACUACUUCUGUAACUGUACCAGUGACUGGAUGGGGAAGAACUGCUCCGACGUUUACGACGCCUGCUCCUUCGAACCGUGCCAGAACAACGCGACGUGCAGCACCCUUCCUCCGAGGCAGGAUUACGCUUGCAGCUGUUUGCCAGGUUUUACUGACAGCAACUGCCAGACGAACAUCAACGAAUGUCUGAACAACGAUUGCUUGAGCUUCCAGCAAUGUUAUGAUGGCAUUGACAGCUUCACCUGUGCUUGUCCUAUAGGUUUCACAGGUGCCCAGUGUGAGACGGACAUCAACGAGUGUGAGCCCAACCCCUGCGUGCAGAACGAGACCUGCCACCAGGUGGGCUACGGGGACUACAAGUGUGACUGCGAGCAGGAUUUGGUGGACAUUCGGCACCUGAUCGGAGAGAAAGGCCUGUUCCUCACGGGCUACACAGGCAAGAACUGCGAGAUCGACAUCAACGAGUGCGAAUAUACGGACCCGCCGUUCUGUCAGGGUGGCAGCACGUGUCGCAACGAGCCACCUGGGAAGUUUAUCUGCGACUGCGGGGACAUGCCCACGGAGGACGGGAAUUUCCCCUUUGGCCGGUUGUGCGAGACGACGCGCUCCUACUGCGACGGCGCCGAGGUGUGUCAGCACGGAGGGACGUGUGUACCAUUGCUGGUAGGGCGGCGAUGUGAAUGCGCUCCUGGCUACACAGGAGACAACUGCGAGAUCAACAUCGACGAGUGUGCUCCCCAACCCUGCGACUACAACAGCACAUGCAUCGACGGUGUCAACGGCUACACGUGUGAGUGCGUGCCGGGCACCACAGGUUUCAACUGCUCUGUCAACAUCGACGACUGCCAGUCGGAACCCUGCCUGCACGGUGGCCAGUGUGACGACUUGCUCCAGAACUUCAGCUGCAAUUGCACGGACACAGGUUUCUUCGGCGACCAGUGCGAGCACAAUAUCGACGAUUGUGUCGAGUUUCCCUGUGUGAACGGAGGAACUUGCGUUGACGGUGUCAAGAAUUUCACCUGUCGCUGUCUGCCCGGGUACGCGGGAGAGACGUGCAAUGUGGACAUCCCUGAGUGCGCCGUGAAGCCGUGCUGGUACAACAGUACCUGUCUGGAGUACUCUGAUGUCAGUCUCUACGACAUGGGAAACCCCAACUUUGUGGACUUCAGCUUUGAGAAGGCUGCCGGAUACCUGUGUGUGUGUGUGCCGGGGGCUACAGGCAAAAAUUGCUCGGUGGACAUAAAUGAAUGUGCCGCAGACCCGUGCCAGAAUCACGCGACUUGUGUUGACAAAUUCAACGACUUUGACUGCUCUUGCGCGCCGGGAUACGAAGGGGACCUCUGUGAAACGGAGAUCGACGAGUGCGCAGUUCUCUCCCCUUGCAAGAACAACGGCCAGUGCCAGGAUAUGCUCGCGGACUACAACUGCACGUGUCCCGUGCCGCGAGCCAAUCAGCGGAACUAUGGCGGGAAAAACUGCACCACAUUCCUGCAGGGUUGCCAGGGCGCUUCGAAUUGCAGAUAUGGCGAAUGUAUUCCGGUGCUGGUCUCAGAAGUCCCCGAGGAGCACUCGUACCGGUGUGUGUGUGACCCCGGCUACACGGGGCGAAACUGCGACAUGUCCACCGUCAUCAGCUUCAAGAAGAGCCACUACGUCAUGGAGGAGGUUCUCUCCCCUCACUUUGACCUCAGCCUCCGUUUCCGCACCACUUUGUCCAGCGCCACGCUCGUCCUGAGCAAGUUCUCCGCCCGAGUGUUUGUGUAUGUUCAGCUGCUCAACGGGAAGAUCCAAGUAGUCUACCAAGUGUACGACUCGGCCAAAUCAAUGGAACUCAACACGGAGACCUCGCUCAACGAUGCAAACUUCCACGUCCUCCGCGUCCACCUGACGAACAACAUCACAGUGAGCCUGCCGGAUGAGUUCUGCACACCGCCGCCCUCCAGCGCCGACAGCUCGUGCGUCACUUCUCUCUCCUACGAUGAGAAUCAGCCAAGCAUGGUGCGCUGGAUGUACGUAGGGAGUCCCGAGGCGUCUGGUAUCACCGUCACCGACAUGUUUGCUCAGGACUACCGCGGCUGUAUGGAUGACCUCACACUCAACGGAGAUCUCUACUACCCGGGGAAACAAAACAGUGAUUACUACGGUGUGGACGGUGACUGCUCUCGCCAGCCGGUCUGCUUAGGGGGGACAUGCAAUAGCCACGGGCAGUGCGAGGAUCUCUGGUAUGAGGCACGCUGCAACUGUUUCCGCCCAUACUACGGGACUUCCUGUGAGAACGAAUACGUACCUGCAACCUUUGGGCAGUACCCAGGCACAUAUGCCACAUACACAGUCCCGCCAUCACAAAACCCCGUCUCGCUGUCUGUGUUCAUCAUCACCCGACAAGAAGACGCCUUCAUCGUCCACGCAACGAAUGCCGCAACGCCGCAGACUAGUGAGAACUACAUAACGCUCAAGAUAAAAAAUAAUGUCCUAGCCGGUGACUUCAUGAAGUGUGGCACCUUCUUUGAGUUUACCACGUCACGAUUUAUCUCCGAUGGUGAAAGACAUUUGUUGACCGCGACCUUCGAGCAGAACACUUUCACCGUGACUGUCGACUCGGAGGAUGUUUACACCAAAGAAAAUAUCGUGAACAGAUGUCUACAGAAUAUUGAAUUCUACGUAAGCUCCCUGCAAGUUGGAAAAAUGUCGAGGACUGAAAGUCGGAGAAAGAGAGACGUGAGUGAUGCGCUCAUCGAGUCGUCGCCCUCUGGUCCACUGGCUGGCCUGGCAGAGAGCAGUGUGGGGAAAUGGCUGACAGGAUACUGGGCUCUCAAUGGGUUUGGGGCAAGUUUGUCGAGGCAGAGACGACAGACGGCAUCCGACAGCCAGACAGUGCAGAACCAGAAUCUGAACCUGCCGGAAUUUGAAGGUGUUUUACAGGACCUGCGUGUGUAUGGUCGGCUGUACAGCUUCACGGAGAACGCAACGAACGAGGCCUUAACCACAACCACCAUCAACGUGACGGUGGGCGCGGAGAACACGCGCAACGUGUGUGCAGAGAGCCCCCCAUGUGAGAACGGGGGCACUUGCAACCCGGUCUUCUUCAAUGACUUCAACUGCAGCUGCAUCAGAGGAUACAGGGGAAAGAACUGCAGCGAGCUUGACUUCUGUUCCUAUGGCAGUUGUCCUCUUGAGGCAACGUGUGUGAAUCUGCCCACGGGCUACGAGUGUGUCAGCACGGCGUCCUUCACCUCAGACAGCAGCCUGGUCACGUACACCUACAACCCGAGCGGCGCCACGCCCACCUCUGUCCUGACCUUUGACUUCCGCACCCGCGGCCUCUACGGACUCAUUUUCCUGCUCCGCUACAACGACUACUUCUUCAAAGUGCGGGUGGCCGGCGGGCGGCUGGAGGUCAACUACAAACUCACGGCGGACUUCUCACAGACGGUGACCUUGAGGAAGCACGAAACUCAGGAUGACGGGAGGUGGUAUAGCGCCAAGUUGGAAGUCAACAAUGACACAGACACCGUGAGGCUGCAGGUCUUUCGGGAUGGGCGACUACUGGAUGAAACACCUCCCGCUUUGGUGGAUACCACGAACACGAACUUCGACGAAAUGCUGAGAAAGGGGGAGAUAGUUUUGGGAAACACGGACCUGACCCAGUACUCUUACGGUUGGGAGGCAGGGUUCAAAGGUUGUCUGACGCAAGUCCGCAUCGGAGGAGUUCUAUUGCCGUUUUUCUCGGACGAUACUUUCGCGAAUAACUCGCGCAUCGAGGAUAAAUUUCUGGCGGAGCGCGUAGAGUCGGUGGUACACCACUGCCAGGGGAAGGACGUUUGCUCCACGUCGCAGUGUGUGAACGGUGGUCAGUGCCAAGACUUGUGGAACCAGUACGAGUGUCGGUGUCCCGCGGGGCUGUCUGGGCUUCUGUGCGAGGAGAACGCAGACAACUGCGCGCCGGACCGCUGCUCCAACGGGGGUCGAUGUGUGGAUGGGCUGGCCAGCUACACGUGCGACUGCCCAAAAGGCUUCACGGGAACGCG